AUGAAUUUGUUGAAAUUUUACAACAAAGUACCAAAAAUAAGUUCGGCGUCUCAAAAUGUCGAUCAAUCAGAGUUUUCCUUGCAUUCUUCUCAUAGACAAGAAAUUGAUACAAUUGCUCCACAGUCUGACCCAGCUGAAAGAACUCCAAUAUUGGAGUAUCAUCCAAACCAUCGUGAUGAAAUAAGGAGGGCAUACAUUCAAGGUGGUGCUUGCCAACCUCGGUAUCAUGACUUCUCUCAAUCUCACUUUUCCGGAUUUAUGCGUCGUUUUAAUCCUCUGUGGUUUGAUGAAUUUAAUUGGUUGGAUUAUAGUUCUAUUAUUGCUGCAUUUGACAAACAGUCUGAUCAAACUAAGCUUGAGUGUUGGCUUCGCUUAAAUGCUUCAGUUGAUGUGGUAAGGAUUCUUUUGACUCAAGGAUUUGCUUUUCACGGUCAUGACGAAAGUGAAACGUCAUUGAACAAGGGUAAUUUUAUUGAAAUUCUUUCAUGGUAUGCGGCUAAAUGUGACAAGAUUGAACCUUUUGUGUUGAAACAUGCUCCAAAAAACAAUAAGAUGACUUCUUCAGAUAUUCAAAAAGAAAUUGUGACCGCAUGUAAGAUAGAAACUAUUAAGGCUAUAAUAGAGGAUCUAAAUGGUGACUACUUUGCUUUAUUAGUUGAUGAGUCUUUAGAUGUGUCACGCAAAGAGCAAAUGGCUAUUGUUUUACGGUAUGUCGAUAAAAGAGGAAGCGUGAUGGAGAGGUUUAUUGGCAUGGUUCAUGUUCGAGAUACUAGUGCUUUAUCUCUAAAGAAAGUAAUUGUCGAUGUACUUGUUCAUCAUUCUUUAAGUUUAUCUUCUAUACGCGGACAAUGUUAUGAUGGGGCAAGCAAUAUGCAAGUUGCGGUUUCUAAGAAGUGUGUUCAAGUAGGUGAACUUGUAUUAUUGGUUUCAAAUAUUUUGAAUGUGUUGGGAGCUUCUUUUAAACGUGUGGAUGAAUUUAGAGAUUCUCAAAAAGAAAAACUCCAAGAGGCAUUAGAUAUGGGUGAACUAAAAACAGGUAGAGGCUUGAAUCAAGAACUCGGUCUUGUUAGAGCUGGUGAUACUCGUUGGGGAUCUCACUACAAGUCAUUUGGAAACUUUAUUCGUAUGUUUGGCUCUAUUGCUGAUGUUCUUGAUACACUUGUUGAAGAUGCAGGUACUUUAGAUGAUAGAGCUAAGGCAUCGGGAUAUUUGGGGAUCACAAAUAAGUUGAAUAUAUCCUUACAAAAAAAAGAGCAAGAUAUUGCAAAUGCCAUGCUACUUGUUCAAGUAGCGAAGAAAAGAUUGCAAACUUUAAGGAGGGAUGAUGAAUGGGAUUUAUUUGUUGAUAAAGUUUCUAUGUUUUGUAUCAAGCAUGAUAUUUUGGUGCCUAAUUUUGAUGGUCUAUAUGUUAACUUUGGAAGAUCACGGCGAAAACCUGCUGAUUAUACUUUCUUUUAUCAUUAUCGUGUUGAUGUGUUUUGUAAAGUUCUUGAUUGGCAAGUUCAAGAACUUAAUGAUCGUUUUGACAAAGUGACGACUGAGUUGCUUCAUGGAGUUGCUUGUUUGAAUCCAAUUGACGCAUUUUCAAGUUUUGAUAUUAGAAAAAUAAUGAAGAUGGAUGAAUUGUAUCCUAAUGACUUUGAUGAAUUUAGGAUGAGUUCUCUUGAGAAUCAGCUUGCGAGUUACAUUAUUGAUGUUCGUGAUUUUGAUGAAAGGUUCUCCAAUCUAAAUGGGCUUUCUGAUCUUUCAAAAAGAUUAGUUAAGACAAAGAAGCAUUCAGUUUAUCCUCUUGUAUUUCUCUUAGUGAAACUUGUGUUGCUUCUUCCUGUUGCCACUGCAACCGUUGAAAGAGCUUUCUCAGCAAUGAAGUUUAUCAAGAAUGACUUGCGGAAUCGAAUGGAUGAUGACUUUUUAGGCGGUUGCAUAGUGCCUUAUGUAGAAAGAGAAGUAUUUAGUAUUGUUUCUAAUGAGUCUAUUAUAAAAACAUUUCAAGAGAUGAAGCCUCAUCGAGUACGUUUGUAA